AUGACAUCCAAUGAGUACACUUAUUACUCAGUACAUGACGUUCUCCGUAGCUAUGGUCUUCCAGCGGGACUGUUUCCAAACAAUGUCAAAUCCUAUACCUUGGAUGAAACUGGCUUUUUAGAGGUCCAAAUGCAUCACCCUUGUCUCGCUCAAUAUGAAACAAGAGUGUUUUUCAACAGUGUGGUAAGAACUAACUUGAGUUUUGGACAACUGAAAGUAUUUGAAGGCAUGUAUCAAGAAGAGCUUUUCAUUUGGCUACCAGUUAAGGGCAUCAUAGUUACAGAUCCAUCAUCAGGUCUCAUUAUCAUUGAUAUUGGUCUUGCCUAUAAACACCUCUCUUUGUCUGAUUUUGAUAACCCUCCAUCUUGCAUAUAUCAAGGUUAG